AGGAAACAAUAAGCGCAAAACUAGCCAACCAGCGGCUGCUCCAUUUUGAGUGGCACAUUUAGCACCUAAUACUAGGCCUUUCUCAUUUUUAAAGGGUGUUUCUUGCGGCCUGGUGUUUAGUCUCGGCACAAGAUGGCUGCGUUGUCUUCGGUUGCAGGGAUGCGAGGCUCGGACUAUGAAAACGGUUUGAGAAGCGGUGCCGAGACCAGCGAUGUGGGUCAAGAAGCGGGGGGUGACGAUCCGAUGGGUCACGAUCUGGACUUAGAGCUUUUGGGACCGGGCAGGCGGAGCCGAGGUAGUGCCGCUAUCCGAAGGUUGGCUGCGAGGAGAUCUGGGGUACGGGGCACUCCUGGAGGCGCGGGGUCUGGAGGUCUCGAGGAGUUGGAAGAAGAGGAGCUAGAAGAGGAGGAUCCCGGGGAGAUCGGCGGAGUUCCUGUGAUCGAGGACCCGGAGUUAGAAGCAAUCAAGGCACGGGUUAGGGAGAUGGAAGAGGAGGCAGAGAAACUGAAAGAGCUGCAGAAUGAGGUUGAGAAACAGAUGAACAUGAGCCCUCCUCCUGGAAAUGCUGGCCCAGUCAUCAUGUCUGUUGAAGAGAAGAUGGAGGCUGAUGCCCGGUCAAUAUACGUAGGAAAUGUAGACUAUGGUGCAACAGCAGAGGAAUUGGAGGCUCAUUUUCAUGGCUGUGGCUCUGUGAACAGGGUGACCAUUUUAUGCGACAAGUUCACAGGUCAUCCAAAGGGAUUUGCAUAUAUAGAGUUUUCAGAUAAGGAAUCUGUUAGGACAUCUAUGGCACUGGAUGAGUCUCUCUUCAGAGGGCGACAAAUCAAGGUGGUACCCAAGAGAACCAACAGACCUGGUAUCAGUUCUACAGACAGGGGCUUUCCACGGGCAAGAUAUAGGGCAAGGACCGCGUCGUACAGUUCUCGAUCACGUUUUUACAGUGGCUUCACCGCAAGACCGAGGGGACGCGUAUACAGGGGUCGUGCUCGAGUGACGUCAUGGUAUUCUCCUUACUAAAAAUAUAAUUUUAGGAAGACCUGAAAAAAGGCAAAAACUCAAAAGAAAAAAAAAAAAAUGAAGACUGGAAAGAAUUUUAUGAAUGUUUCAGAUGAGGUCCCUUUGUGCUCCCCCUUCCUCCUAUGCCCUCUCCCCAUGUUUCAAAGCAUUCUAUAUAAUAUAUAGAUAGUGGGGUCUGCUAGGUAAGGUUGGAGGGGAAUUUUUAACACCCUGAUUCUCAGGGUGUUUUGGGACUGGGGUGGUGUUUGGUUUGGGUCCUUUUAACUGUACAAUUGUUGGUCAGGGGAUCCAGGCUACUCUUGAAAUGUUUCCUAUAUUAAGUGAUGUCCUUGGGUCACCGUCUACUCUCUUUGUGGGUGGGGGUGAUGUCUGAACAUCCUGCUGUUUUUUGUUUUGUGUUUUUUUUUUUUUUUUUUUCGCGUUUUUAUCUUUGCAGGUUUCUUUCUAUUGGAGAAGCUUGUUUUCCGGAGAGACUCGGCUGCCCCUCACAACAGCCUUUUCAUUAAUUUUAUUCUGGCUCAGAUUCCUGUACUCUUGGAAGACACGAGCUUGGAGUUUUUUGUUUUUGUUGUAUUUGUUUUGUAUUUUAGAUUUUAUUAUAUAUAUUUUAUUUUUUUUUGUUUUUUGAGCUCAGAAUGUUUUUUUUGUUUUCUUUUGAUUUUAUUUUUUUAUUUUUUUAUAGUAUGUAAGGCAGGCAGGAAGGGGAAAUUAGAAAAAUAAAAAAAAAAAGGAAACA